AUGUUGCUCCAGCUGCUCUCUGUCCUCUGGGAGGCCUUGUCCCUGCAGGUUGUUCUGGUGUUUCUGGCAACAUUUCUACUUAUUGCUGAUUACAAGAAACAGAUUUGCCCAAGGAAUUACCCCCCAGGGCCCAGGCCUCUUCCCUUUCUAGGUAGCACACUACAUCUGGAUUUCAAGAAGCCUCAGAUUUCAGCACGAAAGGUAAGGAUGGAGGAAAGAGCUUUAGGGUGGUGUGGGACGUUUCUCCCUAUAAGGUGCCCAGCCAAGUGGGCGCAAAAUUGAGAAAAUCUAUUGGAGGGUGCCAGAUUUUGGCCUCACUCACCACCUAACAGCUAUUUGUAACAAACCUGUGUCCACAACUGCCAUUUGCUUUCUAUGGCUGGCAGAAUAUUGUGGGUGUGCAUGUAUGUGUUGUUGUACAUUGCCCUACCUUCACUCCCCCUGUAUCUUUGCAACAGCUUUGUGUGGUAGACUAGGCUAAGUUACUACAUGCAAAUAAGCAGCAACUCUUGUGAAUAGAUUGCAGGUGGAGGAUGGAGGGGGGCUGUCCAUUUACAGCUCCUGGAAACCAUUUGACAGCAAUCAAAGCUUCCUUCUUCCAUAUUUCUUUCUCCCUCUCCCUCCAGCCUGCCAACAAAUUAAUAAUAUAAUAUAUUAGAUAGGAUAUUCUAUAUUCUUCCUCCAUCUCCAUUCGGGUUCUAGGGCUGCUCAGUGAUACUAAAACUCCAGUGACACAUAAUGUGGAAUUUUUGGGCUGGCGGCAAGAAAGAUCAGGGAGAAGAACCUGGACAAAAUUGCAGUAAACUGUAAGGGAGAUUCAGAGGUCUAAACUGGGGGAAAAAAGCUAUGUUGUGUGGAGUCCCCAAUCUACACAUGCAUCUGCACUUUAUAGUUUUGACAAUUCAGGCAGUGGUUCUGUUUUACAAUACAAUUACAUAGUUAUGUUGAUAUACAAUUAUACAAAUAUACAAUUACAUAGUUAUGUUGAUACAUCCAUCUUCUGAUAGUAUUUUGUCAUGGACUUUGGCUAGUACAAUAAAGCUUAUUCACCUUACUGUCUCCAUUCAGCUUGCAGAAAAAUAUGGCAAUGUAUUCGGCCUUCGGACUGGAAACAUAAGGAUUGUGGUUGUGAAUGGAUUGCACCUGGUGAAAGAGGCUCUUGUCCAUCAGGGAGAAUAUUUUGUAGAUCGACCAAAAUCCCCUGUUCUUGAUAAGAUAUUUGGGUCAUUUAGUAAGCUUCCUUUACUAUGGUCAAUGAUUUAGAUGAUUAAAAUUGCUUUUUUAAUUAAAUGCACUGAUUGUACAACCUUUUAGAUUAUUAGAUAUUUUCUUAAAUUAGGGUUACCAGACAUCCCCAUUUCCCAGGGACAGUCCCCAGAUUUGUGAAUAAGUCCCUCAACAAAUUCCAUCCCCAGAAUGUCCCCAGAUUUCAUCUAAUGUCCCCGGAAACGCAGCCUAUAGGAGCAGCCUCCCAACAUCUGGGAAGGGAGGCUUCACGCUGCGUAUCAGAGCUUGCGUGCAAGCAGGAGGGGGCAGGGAUCUCUCAGUUAGGCAACGGGAAGCCUCCCUUCCCAGCGGAGGGAUCACUGCCCCCUCCCGCUUGCACGCAAGUAGGUAUGGGAUUGGGGCUGCUCCGAUGGGAAUGGAGGCAUCACGCUGCCCGAGCCUCACCGCCGCCGCUGCCGCUCUCGGCCCUCCUUCUCCACCUUCUAUGCCUGACCCACCGUGCACCACUUCCCCACCCACCCACCCACCCCCACCACCAAAGAACCAACAACUCAGGGGCUGCCCAGGCUCAUGGAGAAAGGUGAUAGAAGCAUCGGAGGAAGGGGAAACGUGGCGGUUGAGGUCAAGGUGGCGGCCUCCCCUCUCCCACUGCCAUCACUGCAGCAUCAACAUCCUGAACGUGUAGUAUGUAUGUAUGUAUGUAUGUAUGUAUUUAAAGUGUCCCCGGAUUCAUUGAAAAAAAUCUGGUAACCUUAUCUUAAUUCACUUUUGCAUUUCUUGCAUCUUUAAACAAAAGUAAACUAAUAAGAUUUGUCAUAGAUGUAGACCUGCAAAACUAGAUUAACAGCUCACAGUUCAGUGUUGGGUGGCAGUCAGAGUCCGUGGCCGUGUAGUGCAUCAAACAGCUUGUCAUUAUUGGUCUGCAAUCGUUAGAGGUGGAGGAAUAUGGGAGUUUUUCUUUCAUUCAGUUCCUCAUUUAUCUGUUGUUCAGUUUGCCACACUUCUACAUCCAAUAAUGCUUCAGUUAAUGUAUUGUUUCAGGCAGUGAGAAUGAAUUAAAAUUGCAUUAAAUUGCACCUGAGCUGACUUUCUGCCCCAUCCCUAGUAGUGAUGGAAUAAUAUGCUGUCGUUAAGCACUGUAUGGAAGCAGCAGGUAGUAUCUUUUUCACAGCCAUUUUUGAGUCCACAGCUGCCUUGACCAACUACAUUCUUUCCAUGGUACCCCUGUGGGGUUCAGGAGCCCAGUUAUGUCACCCCUUGCCUGCAGAGCUGGCAGCCUCUCACCCUUUUUUGAGCACCCUCCCUUGUGGAGUGUUCCCUCAGCCUCCUCUCCUCUCCCCUCUCCUUGGGAGUCCUCUAGGCAGCCACUGCUGCCCUCCUUCUUCUCUGAGCUUCCCCACCUCCGUGCCAAAGAGCGGUGCCUCCUCACACUGCCCCACAGGCACCUGGAACUUGUCUGUCCCAACAGCAAGGACUGGCUGGCUGGGCUCCCUAACCCACUUGCUUCCUUGCUCCGAGGCCACCUCAGCUCCUGACAACCAGCACACCCAGAACAUUCGCUUGCGGAGCUCGUAACCAGGGCUGCUGCAACAAACAGCCACACAAGCCUUUGGGAGGCAGAGAUGCUAGAGGGCAUCAGAGGAGGGAGGGAAGGAAAGAGGGACAGAGACUAGUGUUGCCCGCAACACUCUUAACCAUAAUUCAAGGCACCCUAGGGUACCAUGGCACUCUGGUUUCAAACCACUGAGCUAAGACUUCCCUGUGAUUGUGUCCAUUUAGGAAAGGGAGGGCAUUGGGAAGUGAAACAGGUCCAGUUCAGAGGUCACGGUCCACAGAUGCCCAACAUAUAGACCUCCAGGUAUAGGGCAGUAUAUAAAUUCAAACAACAACAACAACAACAUAUAGCAAAAAUGUUAUGCAAAUGAAACAGCAAAGAGAAAUAUGUUAAUAGUGAGCAGAACCCAAGUGGGGAUGCAGCAUGCUGGAACUCAUGUCAAGUGGGCCUGUGGCCAAGGUCCAGGUCACAUUUUCAAAUGCCUUGUAGUCUUUCGAACAUAUUAAGUAGGCAAGCAGAAUAAAAAUGAGAGUAGCAGAAGGCAGAGAAACAAUUUUAAAAACCAGAAAUAACCAUGUGGCCCAUAAUGGCUGACCACAUUUCAAUGUUUCCAUUGAGUUUAUUAUUCUAGAAAAAAUACAUUUCUGCAUAUGCAUGAAUAUGAACUCAUGUAUUUUGUGGGGAGACAGUUCUCCAUUUUUUCACUGCUGGGAUUUUACCACUUGUCAGUGGUGAGUGAGAGCAAACAGUUGACAUGACCAAAAGAAUCAUUGUAGUAAAGGCCAUCCAUUGCCUCAGUUGUCUGAAUAAACCUCUCUAGGGCUUUGCCGUCCUUGACCAGAACAAUCCCAAACUUCAUGCCAGCAUCAGUGAUUCGCAGGACUGUUGUCUUGACCUUCCUAGAUGCAGGAUUAGAGUCGCUGAAUCCCUUAGUGAUCUCUUGACUUGUGGGUCUGACAGGAUGGUGUUUUUAAUGGCAGCUUAACUCCCUGGUGCAUUUUUGUUUUAAGGAGGAUUCUGUUUCCAAUUUCCAUGAAGAAGACCUUCUACAUUCAGCACUGGAUCUGUUUCUUGCUGGAACGGAAACAACUUCUACAACCCUGCGUUGGGGUUUGCUGUAUAUGGCCAUUUAUCCAGAAAUUCAGAGAUUUUCUUUUAUUUGCAGCAAAAGUCCAAGCGGAAACAGAUUCUGUGAUUGGCCAGUCUCGCCAGCCAGCGAUGGAUGACAGGGACAGAAUGCCAUACACCAAUGCAGUUGUUCAUGAAAUUCAAAGAAUAAGCAACAUUAUUCAUUUAAAUGUGCCUCGGUUGACAACAAAGGACACUACACUGGCUGGAUUUCAUAUUCCCAAAGUAAGCAUUAAGAAGAUAUACCUUUCUCAUAAGCCUUUCCUCUUCUCUUGAGAUGUGAAAACUUGAUGCCAAAGUUCUAAGUCAGGGAUAGCCAGUGUGCUGCUCCCAAGAUGCUGUUGAACUCCUUCUGCUUGAGCCAGCAUGGCCACUGGGCAGGGUCUGGGGUGUUCUUUGGGCACAUCAAGAUCUGGAGUGAAGGAAAGGGGUUAUGGCUAGAUAGACUUUUGGUUCUUUCCAACCCAUGGCAAAAAUGGAUUCCAAGCACAGUCUGUACCAUUUGCAUGGAUAGCUAGUUUCUUUUUUAAUGACCAUUACUAGUAACCCAAACUGCAACACCUGGUGUUUCCUAUUCUACUUUGAAUAUAUUUUAAAAUUGAACCUGUGUUUUUGUGAGAUUGUGGUUCAAUGAAUUACUUAAUAAUGCAUAAAAAAUAUCCCAUUCAAAACAUUUUUUCUGAGUUGGGCUUGGAUCUAGGAGGCUUAGUACUGCUGUAGUUGCACAGAUCAAAACACAAAGAUUUCUUUGCAAGUUUUAGUCUACCACUUUUCUCUGCUUCUUCUUUGGCAGGACACUAGAUUACUUACCAACUUGACCUCACUGCUGUUUGACGAGGAUGAGUGGGAAACACCCAAUGUGUUUAAUCCUGGUCAUUUCCUAGAGAAUGGUCAGUUCAGGAAAAGGGAAGCGUUUCUGCCAUUCUCUGCAGGUAACAAAAGUUUAUGGGUGGCUCAUUAGAAUUGCAAUCGUGACUACAUGAUAAUGGCUUGGUUGGGGGAAGUCUGGUGUAUUGCUAAAAUAGUUGUGCACUGUAGGGGUCCCCACCCUAUUGAAGCCAGUGGUCAUAUCUGGCAUUCUGAGGAAGUGCUCUGUGUGUAAGACACAAAUGGCUGCCAUAGGAGGUGUGAUGUUACACAAUACGGUGUUGGCAUGCUCUCUUCCCACUCCUCACUGAGCCAUGUGGUUUUUUGAGGGGAUGAGGAAAUAGAUAGGACUGGUUUCUUCAUUUUGAAACAACAGAAUUUUUAUAGGUAUUUGGCUUCCUAGUCCACCAGUGUCGUUUUAAACAGGCCUCUUUCACUACGGCUUUAGCAACAACUAGUUACAAAAGGAGAAGUUUACUGUAGCAAAAGCUUUCCACUGAAACUGUCUCUUUCUCCCCCUCUUCUAGGAAAGCGAGUUUGUCUUGGAGAGCAGUUGGCGAGGACCGAGCUCUUAAUUUUCUUCACUGCCCUAAUUCAGAAGUUCACUUUCCAGGCUCCAAAGAAUAAGACAUUAAGCCGUGAAUUUAGGAUGGGUGUGACAUUGUCUCCUCUGCCAUACCGGAUAUGCACAUUCUCUCGCUAA